CUUAUCCUACGUUCGCGCAACAACGUCUAAUUAGCAGCCACCCGCAGCAACAGCGAGGAAGCUUUUUGCGCCUAGCGCCUUAACUUAAUUGAUUACAAAAUUGCAUACAUAUAAAUGUAUAGACAACAAAAUAAUGACUAAAUAAUGUCGUGUCAUUUGAAUUUUGCAGUUAUUAAAAGUUCCCAUAACAAUUCUACGUAAACUACAACAAAACGCAGCAGCAGCCACAGCAAAGCCCUUGUUGUAGUUGUUGGGCGUGAGAAUGCAAAUGUGUAAUAUGUUUUUGUUUUUGUUGCGACGUCAAAUUGCAUUUGCGGCCGAUACGCCGCUCGAUCCUUAAGAUUCUCUCAAAUCAAAACAUCGAAUACCGACACGGUCAAUAAGUAGAAAAAAGAACGUUUUUUUUUCACUGUUUAUGUCGUUUUUAAAGUCAUAACAAGCACAAAUCGAUCAAAUAUUUGUUGUUUCAAAACGCAUUGCGUUCCGUGCGUUUUUUCUAAUAAUGCAAAUUCAAUGUAUGCCAAUCAUAUUGAAAGUAAUUUUCGUGCUGUCAACAAUUGUCGCAGUCACAGAUUGUUGUUCGAGCCGAAUUUUACUGUUGCGCCAGCACACGCUUGAGAUUGAAGAGCAUGUGGUCCAGCUGGUGAAUCAAAUGGAACUACAGCAGCAACAACAACAACAACAGCAGAACGAUGGACUACUGAGCGAGCCACAACGGGACUUGCUGCUGUUUACCAACUCUAGACAAAUCAUCCAAAUGCCAACGGAUCUUCAUCAUUUGGAGGGCGAAUUGGCAUCAAUUGUGACAACGGAGCGCGAAAGCGCUACUGAGAUUUGGUCAACAGACACUGAUGAGGAAUCAACGCCGACGACGAGCAUGAGCUCAACCACAACAAGAUCCACAUCGACAUCGACAUCAACAUCAACAUUAAAAACUACAGCAACAACAGAACUGACAUCAUUGUCAAAAAACACAAUGGCAACGGGGGAACCUCCGCCUGAUGUCAGCAGUACGCCACUAUUGGCCAGCGAAGCCGCCAUUGUCAAGCUCAUUAAUGCUGUGCCAACAAUGACCACGACGACAACAAAAACAACAACAAUGAUGAGCAGCACAAAUAGUGGAAGCAAACCAAACAACUCGGAGGACAUCAGCUUCAAGUUUCCGUGCAAGGAUAAUUAUGCAACCGAUUUCUGCCUCAAUGGUGGCAAUUGCUAUCGCUGGGCGAAUUCCGAUAGCUUCAAUUAUUGCGUCUGCGCCGAUGGCUUCGUCGGCGAACGCUGCGAUUCAAAGACUGAGGAUGGUGUUUAUGUACCUUUGCAGCCCAGCAUGAUGGAGCCACAGCUAAAAACGGCGCACGUUGUUUUCUCGUUCCCCAUGCUCAUUCUGCUAUCCACCAUCUAUGUUGUGUUUGGCGCCGUGUUCAUGUUCCGCAACGUGUUGGCUCAGCGACGUAAGCAACAGCAACUACAUUUGCACAAGCAGCGUUUUUUUGUCAGCUGUUGAGCAUCCAGAGAGAGCUGCAAACUCAUUUUUUGCAGUCAAUCACUUUAUUGGUUAUAGAGAGAACCAAUUUAACUAAAAGCGCGUUUUGUUUUUUGAAACGAUUAUUUUUGUUUCACUCAUUUUUUUACAAAUGCUGAAAGAAUGCAUUUUUCUUGUUUUUUCUUUUCUAAGAUUGUUACUUCCUCCUUAGUAUUUUUUUUCAUUUACUUUUCUUCACGUUGCGCAACGCUUUAAUUUAUUUAAUUAAUUAUAAUUUCUGUAAAUUCUUUGUAUUUAGUUGCAAAAUAAGAGCGCUCUUUGCUUUAGAAGCUUCGAUUUAAGCUUAGUAGAUUUGUUUUUGUAGUAACAUUUUGUUACGCUAUUUAGUGUGUAUUUAAUAAUUAAACUUAGCGUUUAUCUCUGUUAUUAUUAAUAUUUUUUGUAACACUUUGUUACGCAAGAAAUCGAACAAAGGAUGUAAAAUUAAUUAAUUCUUGUAAUUAUGAACAAAAAUCACUUUAUAAUGCAUUAAAAAAAUCGGGACUCAAAA